GACGCGACGGCCGGGACAGCCGUCGCUGCAGCCGGCGGCACCGCGCCGCCUGACAAGCCGCGCCUGUGGACAGCGGCGAGCACCCGCUGCUGGGCGAGAGCAGCGGCGCAAGUCGGCGUCGAUGGCGCCGUCGCCGCAAAGCGUGACCGAGAUCGCUUUGGCGGAGGCGCGAGCGACGCGGUGCACGACGAGAGGGCGGGCCUCGUCUCGGUGGGCGGCGGCGGGCCGCCUGGCAGGUCUCGGCUCGGCGCCGAGGCGCAGAGCCGCUGCGAGGCAGCGGCGGCAACGCGCGGCGACGGAGGCACCAUCGCCGGGCAGUUUCGGGGUGGCGUGGAGGGCCACUCGAGCUCUGCCGGCGGUGCGGUCGCCACGAACGGGCACGCGACGCGAGGAGGCGUCGCCGAGGGCGUCGACGAGGCGCUAGGCGAGGCGCGGCCUCGGACCAUGUCCUCUCGAUGCCGCGGAGGCGCCGCUGCAGGCGGCGGCGGCGAGAGCGAAGUCAGCAGGCAGAGCGGCUGUGGCGGUGAGGGCCAUGCGGGCUCUGCUGCCGGCUCGCUCGCCUCUCUCGAGGACGCGACGGCCGGGACAGCCGUCGCUGCAGCCGGCGGCACCGCGCCGCCUGACGAGCCGCGUCCGUGGACAGCGGCGAGCACCCGCUGCUGGGCGAGAGCAGCGGCUCAAGUCGGCGUCGAUGGCGCCGUCGCCGCAAAGCGUGAUCGAGAUCGCUUUGGCGGAGGCGCGAGCGACGCGGUGCACGACGAGGGGGCGGGCCUCGUCUCGGUGGGCGGCGGCGGGCCGCCUGGCAUGUCUCGGCUCGGCGCCGAGGCACAGAGCCGCUGCGAGGCAGCGGCGGCAACGCGCGGCGGCGGAGGCACCAUCGCCGGGCAGUCUCGGGGUGGCGUGGAGGGCCACUCGAGCUCUGCCGGCGGUGCGGCCGCCACGCAUGGGCACGCGACGCGAGGAGGCGUCGCCGAGGGCGUCGACGAGGCGCUCGACGAGACGCGGCCGCGGGCCGGGUCCUCUCGGAGCCGCGGAGGCGCCGCUGCAGGCGGCGGCGGCGAGAGCGAGGUCAGCAGGCAGAGCGGCUGUGGCGGUGAGGGCCAUGCGGGCUCUGCUGCCGGCUCGCUCGCCUCUCUCGAGGACGCGACGGCCGGGACAGCCGUCGCUGCAGCCGGCGGCACCGCGCCGCCUGACGAGCCGCGUCCGUGGACAGCGGCGAGCAACCGCUGCUGGGCGAGAGCAGCGGCGCAAGUCGGGGGCCAUGCGGGCUCUGCUGCCGGCUCGCUCGCCUCUCUCGAGGAUGCGACGGCCGGGACAGCCGUCGCUGCAGCCGGCGGCACCGCGCCGCCUGACGAGCCGCGUCCGUGGACAGCGGCGAGCACCCGCUGCUGGGCGAGAGCAGCGGCUCAAGUCGGCGUCGAUGGCGCCGUCGCCGCAAAGCGUGAUCGAGAUCGCUUUGGCGGAGGCGCGAGCGACGCGGUGCACGACGAGGGGACGGGCCUCGUCUCGGUGGGCGGCGGCGGGCCGCCUGGCAUGUCUCGGCUCGGCGCCGAGGCACAGAGCCGCUGCGAGGCAGCGACGGCAACGCGCGGCGACGAAAGCACCAUCGCCGGGCAGUCUCGGGGUGGCGUGGAGGGCCACUCGAGCUCUGCCGGCGGUGCGGUCGCCACGCACGGGCACGCGACGCGAGGAGGCGUCGCCGAGGGCGUCGACGAGGCGCUCGACGAGGCGCGGCCGCGGGCCGGGUCCUCUCGGAGCCGCGGAGGCGCCGCUGCAGGCGGCGGCGGCGAGAGCGAGGUCAGCAGGCAGAGCGGCUGUGGCGCCGCGUCCGUGGACAGCGGCGAGCACCCGCUGCUGGGCGCGGUCAGCGGCAUGGAUGAGGCGACAGCCCUAUCGUCGACGGGCAGUUCCUGGAUGGGGGUCAACCGCACUGGAGCUUGGCCGGUGGCGCAGUCGCAGUGCAAGGACCUACGAUGGGUGGGCCCUCGCCUCGAGGUGGAGGUCGCGGCCGAUUCACGCGCGAGACGGUGGAUCGACCUCGACAGGAUUGGCGAUGGGGUUGUGCUGUCUUCCUCCUCCUCCGCCGUGUGCCGGGGAGUCGAUCAGGCAGUUCACCUUUGGGGCUACGGGUAUCCCCCCUGGCUAUACUUUGAGAUUAGGCAUCAAAAGUGGUUCACAGUGGAGGCGGUCGCCGUCCUACAGGGAGUCGGCCGGCGCGAAGCGACGACCGCCGAGCUUUAG